GUUCAGUGCGACAACUCUCACACAAGCACAGCCUCCUUCAAUUGCGCAACAGAGAAUUCUAGCCCAGUCACAGCCUGAACAUAAUCGCGCAACAUCAAAACUCCGCUGGCCCGCGAGAACACGACACAGGGACUCCGAAGGAACUUGUGCGACGUCGCCGAGGCCAGAGACAAGACCGAUCAAGCAACGCGCCGAGACACAACCUGCAGCUGCGCGAGGCUUAGUCUAUAAAACGACCCUGGAAGCCAGGAAGUACCGGAGGAUACCACUUUGCACUGCCGAGUUUGCGUUGCUCGACGAAGCGACAAGAAUAGAGUGGCUUUGCUAUCGUCACGAGAGGGAAGGAACAUCAUAAGCUGCUGGCCGGCCGUACACAAGGACAUCAUUCUGAGUUGACGCAACACAACAAGAGCUUGAAAACAGGACAGACAUUGCAGGUGGGAGAGGAAGAACGAGCGUGGCUUCUGGGCACCACAUACUUGAGUGUACACGCGGACAACCGAUGGUGACACUCAUCUCGCGGUAGCACGUCGCUCUGCUUGACACAAUCGCAUCCAAGCGGCCGGGAAAAUCGAAAAUGGCAAUCUGCAACACCACGCUCGAAGAUGCGUACAUCCACGAAACACCACUAUGGAAAGGCAUGACAUUCCACCACUUUGGCCUCUUAAUCUCCGCAAUAUUCGGCCUGAUCUCAGUCGUAAUAUCACUCUUCCUCAUCUGGCGACACGCAACACACUACCUCGUUCCUGGCGAACAAAAACACAUCAUAAGGAUAUUAUUCAUGGUGCCAGUGUACUCCGUCGUCAGCUUCCUGAGUUAUCUCUACUAUCGACACGCGGUGUACUUUGAUGUUUUACGAGACUGCUAUGAAGCGUUUGCGAUCAGCUCAUUCUUCGCGUUGCUGUGCCAUUAUUGUGCGCCGACGCUGCAUGAUCAGAAGGGAUACUUUCGGCAUGUGGUACCUGUCAAUUGGUUUUGGGGAGUUUUUGGGCUGCAGAAAUGUACGGGAGGAGAGAACAAAGGGCCAUUUAGAAAGCCCAGGAGCGGAUUGACGUGGUUCAACGUGAUAUGGGUCGGCAUUUUCCAAUACUGCUUCAUUCGAGUCUUCUUCACAAUCGUGUCCGUGAUCACGCAGGCUUUCGACAAAUACUGCGAAGCUUCUCUGUCGCCCGCAUUCGCACACAUCUGGGUCCUGGUGUUCGAGUGUAUCUCGGUGACCAUUGCCAUGUUUAUGGUGGUCCAAUUCUACAUCCAGCUUAAGGAGGAUCUCGCCGAACACAAGCCCUUCCUAAAAGUCCUCAGCAUCAAGCUCGUCAUCUUUUUCUCCUUCUGGCAAACAAUAGUCAUAUCACUAUUAUCCUCUGAAUCGGUCGGUGUGCUGAAACCCACGGAGAAGCUUGCGGAAGGAGACAUCCAAAUCGGCAUCCCCAGUGUACUCCUUUGCGUGGAGAUGGCCAUUUUCGCAGUUAUGCAUAUGUUUGCGUACCCAUGGAAGCCCUACUCACUCAAACAUAAUCCGAAGCUUGCAACGGGAUCUUCCUACAAUGGAGAUGGAAACGUACCAAGAUAUACUGGCGGCUUCAUGGGCUGGAGAGCAAUCGCAGAUUCUUUCAAUCCGUGGGACAUCAUCACCGCUAGCGCAAGAGGCUUCAGAUGGCUAUUCGUGGGUGUCCGAAAGAGACAUAAUGAUCCGAGCUACAUGCCCGCGAACAAGUUGACCGAGCAAACGACUGGCUACAAUGGACCUUCUUUCGCAGGAAAUGGAGAGACCGCAACUGAGCUGCAACGACCAUCUGGUCGGCACGCCGCAGCAGCGCCUUUAGAUGGUGAAGACGAUAGAACCGGCCUCCUUGGUGGGGCGCAAGUUCCUGCGAAAGUCCAUCAGGACGAUCAUUACGACGUGAGGAGGUACUCUCCACCUCCUGCUGCUAUGACUGGCGGCUUAGACAUGAAACCUUCAGAUUGGAGAGAUGAGCAUGAAGACACGGCGCCGGCCGUAGGGUAUCAUCCUGGCAUUGGACCUCCGCCUGGCUCGACAAUACCUGUGGGAAGAGAGGGCGAUGUGCAUCCUCUCUAUCGUGGGCAAAGUCCGCAGCCUCCGCCUCAGCAGCAGCAACAGUGGAAUGUAUGGGGAGGCGUGCAAGGUGAACAGCAACAGAGUCCUUAUCGAUGACGGCCAUGAUCAUGACGAUAGAUUCAUGAAUGUUGAUGAGGAUGGUUUUUGGCUACGGAUCAGGGUAAUCUGCUUUGGCUGCAUCUGGGCUUUGCGAGGCGUUAUUGGGGAACGGGACAAGAUACCACUGCUAUCGAUUUUGACAUUGUGCGAACCAGACCAAGCGAAUCUUCUGACUCCGGUUCGCCCACUGCUUCCAGGAAAAGACUCCUUCCUCGUUCACACUCUCACGGUAGUUUCUCAUCGCUUUCCGUUGCGGCCCUGCAUCACUUUUCAUAGCGUGCGUUGUCGUUCUCAUUUAAUUUAGAGCCGGAAGGGUUCUCAUGUUCCUGCGCCUCGUGUCCAAACAUGUGUUGUUCGACUUGACACCUGGUCUAUCAUUGUGCUCAGAACCACAGCGGCAAAAGAACUUCGGCUCUCUUCUUGUUACACAUCAUUACAGACUUAUCAACAACUUAUUACCAUUAGAAUCAUCGGAAGUCCACACUUGGCAUCCCUUCCUUGAAACUCAAAUCUCGAUGACGA